AUGGUUAAGAAAAAAGUAUACCGAGCUAUGCAUAUGAAAUUCAAGAAGUUCUGCAAACACUGUUCAAUUCAUGGCGUCUAUUACUUCUUCAGUAAUUCUAACUGGUGGAUUCAUUUGGUUUGGUCUACUUUGAUAGCAUCGAGUGUUUGUUUGUGCGCGUAUCUAUGCCAUAUGAUUUGGAGAAAAUUUGUAGAUAACCCAACAUUUACAGUUGUUGAAUCUACACACUAUCCUGUUGACCGCAUAAUUUUUCCUGCGGUUAGUAUCUGCGAUCCUGAAAUGGUUUACGGGCCUAGUACGGAAAAUAUAACACAGAUAUUAAAACUACGUGGAUAUAUUGAUGAGGAUAUAGAAAAAUUCUAUGACAGUUUAACCGCAAUUACAGAAGCUGACUACGAACCAGAAGAAAAUGUAAAUAAAAUGCAUUUAGCCCUCAAAGACUUAGGCUAUAGAUUUGAAGAUUUGUUAAACUUACUGAAGAGACCAUGCGAUGUUUUCAUAGAAAAUUGUUUAUGGAGAUCAAGACCCAUCGAUUGCUCGAUAAUGUUUCGAAGUGUCCUAACGUUUGCUGGAUACUGUUGUCAGUUCGAUAUUGAAUAUUUCAGACAAAAUGCUGAUAAUAAUACCAAUUAUCGCACCGGAGUGGAGAUAACAGAAGCACUUGAUUUAUUUGUGAAUACUAAAAAAAUAUUUGCAAAUGGAACUGUUAGUGAAAACUUUGCUAAGGACACUAACACUAUAAGGAAUUCAUAUCAAGGAUGUAUGACUUCUUUAGUUAUGAAGAAGAUUGUAGAAAAUUGUAGAUGUUUGCCUUUCCGUUAUAGUUGUAGGGUGCAGAAUGAGGUUCGCGACAUAAUAUCUGAAUACGAGUGUUUCCAGAAAUGCGACUAUGUACAGUAUGAGACUGAAGCAGAAUAUAUGAAAUUAGGUCAAGGCGCUGAAAUAGAAUUCAGAGAGAGAGAGAGAGAGAGAAAGAAAGAGAGAGAGAGAGAGAAGUGGAGAGUGCAGAAUAUAGUAAAAGAAGGCAGCUGUCGGGUGGCGAUACAUUUCAUCGACAUUACAUGUAUAAAAUAUCGACGAGAAGUGCUUUACACGUGGGAUCAAAUGCUUGCAAAUUUAGGUGGCAUCUUCGGUUUGUGUCUGGGUGGAUCCAUUAUCAGUGUCAUUGAGUUGUUAUGGUUUCUCAUAGAGCUAUUAUACACGCUUUGUGAUCAAAGGCGGGUGAUACCAAACAAAAGAUCAGCGUUCAUUGUGAAGACAAAUUAUAUGUCACCAAAGAAAAAGAAAAAUCAGAUAUAUCCCUAUUUAAAU